GAGAGGGGCGAACAUGAUCCUGGAGCUGCCUGCACCUUGCCUGCUGCUCUUCACCUGGCUCCCAGCAGGGUGCCUGUCCUUACUGGUGACAGUCCAACACACAGAGCGCUAUGUCACCCUGUUUGCGUCUGUCAUCCUCAAAUGUGACUAUACUACCUCGGCCCAGCUCCAGGAUGUGGUGGUGACGUGGCGCUUCAAGUCCUUCUGCAAGGACCCCAUCUUUGACUACUACUCUGCAUCAUACCAGGCAGCUCUCUCCCUGGGCCAGGACCCAUCCAAUGAUUGUAAUGACAACCAGCGAGAGGUGCGAAUCGUGGCCCAGAGGCGGGGGCAGAAUGAGCCCGUGCUGGGAGUGGAUUACCGGCAGCGCAAGAUUACCAUCCAGAACCGAGCAGAUCUUGUGAUCAAUGAAGUGAUGUGGUGGGAUCAUGGAGUGUAUUAUUGCACCAUUGAGGCUCCAGGGGACACAUCAGGAGACCCAGAUAAAGAGGUGAAGCUCAUUGUCCUACACUGGCUGACUGUGAUCUUCAUCAUUCUGGGAGGCCUCUUGCUGUUGAUGCUGAUUGGAGUGUGCUGGUGCCAGUGUUGUCCUCAGUACUGUUGCUGUUACCUCCGCUGUCCCUGUUGCCCCACACGCUGCUGCUGCCCUGAGGAAGCCCUGGCCCGCCACCGCUACAUGAAGCAGGCUCAGGCCCUAGGCCCUCAGAUGAUGGAAAAACCUUUAUACUGGGGGACGGACAGGAGCUCCCAGUUUUCAUCUUACCCAAUGAACCCACUGCUGCAGCGAGAUUUGUCUCUGCGAUCCAGCCUGCCGCAGAUGCCAAUGACCCAGACUACUGCUGUUCCUCCCAUUUCCAAUGGUGUGUUAGAGUAUCUGGAGAAAGAGCUUCGGAAUCUCAACCCAGCCCAGCCUUUGCCUCCUGGCCACCAACUCAGAUCUGGCCAUCCCCGCAGCAUACUAUCCUCCCUGGAUUCUGAGGUUGUGGAAAGACGAAUCAUCCACCUGCCCCCGCUGAUCAGAGACCUGCCUUCCUCACAGAGGACCAGCAACUCUUCUCACCAGCAGUGGCUUACCCCAGUUCCCCCCAGGCCCUGGAAUUCAAGGGCAGAGAGAAGCCAGCACCCCUACACCGAUUUCCACCAAGAGCUCCAAAAACAGGAGCCUAAGCACUGGGUGAUGGAACCAAGGGGACUGGACCAACUGCGGAGUGGAAGACACCACAGCUCCAGACAGCGUGGGUCACCCACAUCCUGGUCAGAUGGAGACAGCCUUAGUGAUGUCCCCUCAUCCAGUGAGCGCCCCUGGCCACCCCACCACCCCUCUGCCAGGAGCCACUAUGCAGAGAGACCCCGAAGGCCAAGCCCCCGGGGAAGCACCCAGAGGUACCAAAAGUACCAGAGGCGCCGGCAUCGCAGCUACUCCCCUCCCCUGCCCUCUGGUCUCAGUUCUUGGAGCUCAGAGGAGGGGGAGAGGCCACCUCGGAACUGGAAGAACCAUUCACGACAUCGUUCGCACUCCCCAAGCUGGCCCGAGGAGAAGCCACCCAGCUACCGCUCACUGGAUGUCAUCUCAGGCAAGAAUAACAGGACAAAAGGGAAUGUGGAAAGGCGCUUGGAGAGAGACAGCUCCCAUAGUGGAAGAAGCAUGGUCAUUUAGUCACCGAACAUAGCAAUACAUAUGUGAUUACUACUCACCUCCCAUGUGUCAUUAUCAUCACCAAGAUUUCCAGCUGUCUUGGAAGGGAAU